AUGAUUGACCUAAAUGAGGAACCAGCUGAAAAUAAUGAUGAUCCUUUGUACUGUACACAACAUGCUACUGGAAAUGCAGAACUUGUGGCGGAAUCACCUAAUCCCCCUAUCAUACAAAGACUGGAUAGUGCUGCUACAGAAGCAAUGGAGACGGAUCAGCAGUCCAGUCAUGGGGGGCGUGCUCCGGGCAGUACACAAGUACCUACAGCUGUAGCAGCUGGUAGUGAUGCUCAUACCCUUGAUGGCACAGGUGCUGCGGGUGAUACCGGUGGCACUGUUGGUAAUGGUUUGGGUGCUGAAAAUGAUGAUGAAGCUUGGUCACAGCCCAAGGAGCCUUACGUGGGCAUGAGAUUCGACACUUUGGAAGAUGCCAAGGUGUAUUACAAUGCAUAUUCCUUGCAGAUGGGGUUUUCAAUCAAAAUGAAUAGUUCAAGGAAGGAUAUGAAGACUGGGGAAUUGAUAAAACAGCAGUUUGUUUGCAACAAGUUUCGAAAGCCUGAUGUUGAUGACGAAGGAGCAGAGAAGAUUCCCGUGCUAGAUGACAUUGUUGAACAAGCAAAAGAUGAUAAUGAAGAUGAGGCUAUUGUCUUUCUUGAUGAUGAUAGUAAGGGCAAAAAAAGCAACAAGAAACGAAAAAGAGAUAAAAUUGUACAAACUGGUUGCAAAGCUAAGAUGAUUGUGAAGGUAAUAGAUGGCAGAUGGGAGGUGAUCUACUUUGUUAGCGAACACAACCAUCCGUUGAUUGACAAACCAGGUUUGACUAAGUAUUUGUGA